AUGGAUAAUUUCAUCAUUGUCGGUUCGCAUCUCAAGGCAACGCCAGGUCACGUGAACUCGCGUUUUGCCUGCCUGGGCACGUGUUCUGGAGCCGCAUCUUUGUUCCUCUCGUCACACACACUUCCCAAUGUGGAUCCUGGAUUCGACAGGGGAUUUCCUCGACGGUAUGCCUGGAGUGAUGAGCCUCUGGCUGUGACUGACGAUAGACAAGGGAAGCGAGUGUGGCUGCGUCCUGGCAAGAAGUACCUCUUUGGGCGCAUCAAGCAGGAUGACGGUAAGCUCCAACCCAGCUGUGAUGCGAAGGGAUCCUCACUUGAUUAUCGCGGUUGGUUGCUGACCCAGAAGCAGUCUCAGAUUUACACAAGAUCCGAAAUCACCGUGACCGAUCUGGACUCGAAGUGCGGGACUUUUGUGGAUGGACAAAAGUUCACUGGAGCGAGCAAGGUGUUGCGCGGGGAGGAACACGAGAUCAAGCUGGGCAGGUAUCAGCAUACUCUGCGAAUAAAAUGGCAGCCCGUCCUUCUAAGCUUCUCAUUCUCCUCGAAGGAGAUGAGGGCAAAGGACCCUCUCGCACACGUCCGUUCUCGACUGGAAGACCUCGAUAUCAAAACCGUCAUUCCUUAUGUGGUCGAGCAGACUACACACGUGGUGCAGAGUAAACGGAACACGGCCAAGGGUCUCCAGGCGCUUAUCAACGGGAAAUACAUUGUACAGGACUCCUACAUCGACGCACUGGUCUACGCGACCACGCCUGGCGACCUCGAAAAUUUGGAAUCAUUAUCUCCUCUCGAGGCCGAUUUUGAUGCGGCCUGGCCGGAUGCCACCGAGUAUCUCCCGCCAGCCGGCAAGGAACCAAUCAACCGACCUGCCGCUGCCUUUGCUCCAGACCCGUCUCGGAUCAGCAUCUUCGAAGGAUACACAUUCGUCUUUGGAGAUUCCACACAAUUCGACAACUUGCAGGCGCCUAUCAAUAAUGGACAAGGGAAGGCACUCUUUUAUCAAGUGGAAGAUGGAGUGUCUACGGCGGCCGAUAUUGUGCAAUUCAUGAAAACUGCAGCUGGCCACAAGGGAGUAGGCUGUGAUCGAGACGGCCCGGGUGGUGUGGUCUUGGUUCGCUUCCGGUCCAAGGGUCAAUAUGAAUCAUGGUCCAUCGAGGUGGGCAAUGAGGUCGCGUUGAUGACAGACCAGCGCGUGAUUGAGCAGAGGAGUGUUUCUUGA